GCUUCCUUGGCAGAAACAGACAAAAUUACGUUGGAGGUUGCCAAGCUGAUAAAAGAUGACUUCUUGCAACAGAACGGUUAUACGCCUUAUGACAGGUUCUGCCCUUUCUAUAAAACAGUGGGAAUGCUUUCCAAUAUGAUUGCAUUUUAUGACAUGGCACGCCGUGCCGUAGAAACCACAGCCCAGAGUGACAACAAGAUCACGUGGUCCAUCAUCCGAGAGAACAUGAGUGAAAUCCUCUACAGACUUACCUCCAUGAAGUUCAAGGACCCUGUCAAAGAUGGUGAAACAAAAAUCAAGGCAGACUACGCUCAGCUGUUUGAGGAUAUGCAGAAUGCAUUUCGCAGUCUGGAAGACUAGACUCGACCUCUACGACCACUCCAGUUUGUCCUCUCGAUUCCUCAUCUCAACUCCUCUGCUUCCCUACCUUACAAGAAUGAUGCAACAGUACUUGAGUUGAUAAAUAGCCCUGUGUUUUCCCUGUUCAUACUUGGAGACUGUCCUUACGAAACAUUCCUCUUUGUGUUUGGCAUUGCUUUGUGUGUCUGAAAUGGCGAGUGAUGUGUGAUUGGGCCUGGCUGAGUGAGGAAACGCUGUUGUACACUUCUAGGGUGGGAAAAAAUUCACCUUCCCUCUCCCAGCUCUCUUGGUAACCAGUCUUUCACCUUGGGCUGUAACCAAUUGAGCUGUAUUGACAGAGGAGGUGCAGAUCUCAGUGCAGUCACACGGUACGUUCUGAGCUGGCAGUGGUAAGGACACUUACAUCUGGCACUUUGCUAAGUGACUAUCAUGAUGUAAAGUCCCUAUUCUCAAACAGAAUUUCUGACCAUAUUCUGAUGACACGUUGAUACAACCAAAAAAUUUUCACUACUCUCUCCCUUCUGCAACCCUCAGCUGAGUCUGUUGGUAUUGAAACGUGGUAGUUCUGGAUCUCCCCAAGAAGGGACUAACUAGAAGAUGAGCACGUAUAAGCGACCAGUAUACUUUUGUACACUGGAAAAGUAGAGUUUUAUUUUCCUACUUAAUACAGAUAGGACUGUUGGACUCAGCAUCAGCUAAAAUCAAAGCCAUAGGUGCUCAGCUUC